AUGGGCUCACUAAACCUACCACCUCUGACAAUCGCUGAGUCAAACCUCGCAAAGUCCCUACACGAGAGCUGUCAAUUCGGCGCAGCGCACCCAUGGGGAAAAGCAUCCACAGAAACGGGCAUGGCCCGUCUCAGUCUCGACGACUCAGACAAACAAGUCAGAGACUGGUUCAUGACCUAUGCCAAAUCCCUCAACUUAAAGACCUUUGUCGAUCAAAUGGGUAACCUAUUCGCUAUCCGCUCAGGAAAAAAUAAUGAAUUGCCUCCUGUUAUGAUGGGUUCGCAUCUUGAUACGCAACCUACUGGUGGUCGGUAUGAUGGUAUUCUGGGCGUUAUUUCUGGUCUGGAGGUUUUGAGGACUUUGAAUGAGAGUGGUGUUGAGACUGAAGGCCCGGUUGGAGUUGUUAACUGGACAAAUGAAGAAGGUGCCCGAUUCCCCAAGAUGGCUGUUGCGUCAGGUGUGUGGGCUGAAGUCAUUCCCCUCCAAACAGCAUGGGAUCUCAGAGAGAUUCUCGCAUCUGAACCAAAGUCUAUGAAGGAAGAGUUAGAUCGUAUUGGCUACACGGGUGAUGUCCCAGCAUCAUACCAGUCAAAUCCCUUUGCCGCUCAUUUCGAGCUUCACAUUGAGCAGGGUCCCAUCUUGGAAGACGAGGAUCUCAAGAUUGGAGUUGUCCAAGGUGUGCAAGCAUUUAAAUGGUUCAACAUCACCGUCAAAGGCCGCGACAGCCAUGCAGGCACAACACCACUCUACGCACGCAAAGAUCCCAUUCUGUGCGCAACAAAAAUGAUCGUCGCAGCUAAUUCGAUUGCUAAACGCUUCGAUGGCCUAACAACCACUGGAAUCUUCACCGCUGAGCCCGGAACGGUGAAUACGAUGGCUCACACAGUUAAAUUCACCCUUGAUGUACGCCACGUGCAAGACGAGACUCUUUCUAAAAUGGUGGAAGAGUGCCAAGCUGAAUUCUCCCGCAUUGCAUCUGAUGAUAGCGAGAAGGGCUGUGAGGUUGACUGGGAGCUGCUCGUUGAUAGUCCUGCUGUCAAGUUUGACGAGGGCUGUAUCGCUGCUGUUGAAGCAGCUGCUACAGAAGUGUGCUCUACUCUAUCCAACGAGAAACUCUGGAAGAGGAUGAUUAGUGGUGCUGGGCAUGAUAGUUGUUAUACCAACCGGAGUACUGCUCACCCGAAGACUGUGCGCUUGGAGCGAGUGUGUUGCUCGGGGCUGUUUUGCGGUAUGACAAGAAGUGCCAUGGUUAUUGUUAUUGUUAUCAUCACACCGACAUCCCAAACACAAACACACAAACAUUUCAUCAUGGCUUCUUCAUCCGCCUCUUUGCGCCGAAGUCAUGGCUCAUCCGGAGCCUCAUCCGGCCAUUCCCAUCCCCGAACCUCAAACUCCAACGUAUCGCACGCGCCAGAACUCGACAUCGACACACUCGUAAACCAUCUAUUCGCUUCCAAACGCUCGCUUUCGUCAGUGGCGCUCGUCCUGCGCGCAAACGAAAUCGCAAACGCUGCGCGACAGUCCCACGAGGAUGUCGCUAUCCUAACAGCCCAGACGGGCUUCUUAGAAGAGUCUAUCCUUGAUCAGACGACUAUCCUUGCUAGAGUUAGGAGGAGCUUGCAGGGUACUUAUGAUUGGGGAAAGAAGGACUUUAAGAAGUUGAUCAAGUCGAUGGAUCUUGUUGAUGGCGGGUUGGAGCGCACUAUGGAGAUGUUGCGCGAGACUGGUGUUGAGGAGGUUUUUCGUCCCAAGGGGGAGGAGAGACGGAGUCUUCUUGAUUUCAUCGAUGAAGGGGGUGUGCAUGGAGUUCGAGAAGCCAUGAAGAAGAGCAUUCAGGAACUGCAGGCUGUACAGCAAUCUUUUGAUGGCGAUCUACUCCGCUUCGACACCGACAUUAGGAAUCUCAAGAAGAUCAUCACCGACACCCCAAGCCUAUCUCCCGAAGACGGCCCGCCCUCAAUCGAACUCCUCGAAAGCUUAGUCGACCACUCCGCAAACAUGGCCCAACUCCUCGUCUCGCUAACGCACCACUUCGACAUGUGCGUCACCGCCAUCCGCACAACAGAAGGCGGCGUCGCCCUCGCAAGACGCAGAGCCGCCGAAACAACACAGGGCACCGACGGCGUCUCCAUUUCUGGCGUUAUCGCCGAGCAGGAAUCUGGAAUGUCAGACCUCGAGCCCAAAACAGCCAAAGACCGCGCGGAGAUGUUCAAGGUCGUUGUCCAAGAUGCUGGCGAGGUGGGUGAUGUUGUGCAGGAGAUACAGGAGCGCCUCACGGCUAUGGAGCAGGAUUACCUCGUGCUGCAGGAACAGCAUGAUAUUUCGAAACACGCGUACGAGAGCAUGCUGCAAGCGUAUGCUGUACUCGGCGACAUUGGCGACCGACUGUCUGAUUACAUUGCGGCAGAGGGAGACUUUAAAACGAGAUGGGAUAUGGAGAAGGAGAGUGUUUUUGCAAAGUUGCAAGAAAUGCAGCAACUCAAAGAUUUCUACGAACGCUACGCCGGCGCGUACGAUAGUCUGAUCCUCGAAGUCGAGCGUCGUCGCGCGGUGGAUGAUCGCGUGAAGAAUAUCUGGCGGAAGGCACAAGAGAACGUGGAUAAACUACUUGACAGCGAUCAAGCUUCGCGGGAGACGUUUAGACAGGAUGUGGGAGAGUAUCUUCCUACGGAUCUUUGGGCGGGGAUGCAGGGUGCUGCGAAGAAGUGGACUGUUGUGCCUGAGGGAGAAGGGGAGGAUGAAGGACCGCCGUUGAGGAGGAGUGUUGUUGAGGCUGCGAGGGAGAGACUUGGUCGGAUGGAGAGACGGUAG